AAAUAAAUACCCAAACCCAAAUGCAACCGAAAUUGUCGUCUCCGUUCCCCACCACCACCCCCACCUCGUCCACCAUCACCACCACGCCCACCUCCUCCCUCUUCAUCUUAUCUCGCCCCAAUCUUGCCCUCUACAUCUCUCUCACUCUUUCUCUCUCUAGAUAACACUUCCGCCGUCGAACUGGAUCGCCGGUUUCCCCUUUAUGGAAUGACGGACUACCGGCUUCCGAUGAAUCCCUGGUCCGACGACAACGCUUCCAUGACGGAGGCCUUCAUGUCCUCCUCCGAUCCGUCCUCCUUUUGGCAUCCGCCAUCCUCCUCCACCACGGCGGCGGCCGAGCCCUCCAAAGUUAUCAACCAAGCUCCACCUCUACCGCCGGCGCAAUUCAACCAGGAGACGCUCCAACGCCGGCUUCAGGCCCUGAUCGAUGGCGCUCGCGAGAGCUGGACCUACGCCAUCUUCUGGCAGUCCUCGAUGGUUGGCUACUCCGGAGGCUCCAUGCUGGGAUGGGGAGACGGCUACUACAAGGGCGACGAAGGCAAGGGCAAGCGCAAGGCCUCGUCGUCCUCCUCCGCGGCCGAGCAGGAGCACCGGAAGAAGGUCCUCCGGGAGCUCAACUCUCUGAUUUCCGGCGCCUCCCCUUCCGCCGACGACUCCGUCGACGAGGAAGUGACCGACACCGAGUGGUUCUUCCUCGUCUCGAUGACACAAUCGUUCAUCAACGGCAGUGGCCUCCCCGGCCAAGCCUUCUUGAAUUCGGCAUCGAUUUGGGUCGCUGGAGCUGAGCGGCUUGCAGUUUCGCAAUGCGAGCGAGCUCAGCAGGGCCAAGUAUUUGGGCUACAAACCCUAGUCUGCAUCCCCGCCGCAAACGGCGUCGUUGAGCUCGGUUCGACUGAACUGAUCUUCCAGUCCUCCGAUCUCACGAACAAGGUCAGAGUUCUCUUCAAUUUUAAUGGCGUCGAGACCGGGGGUCCCUGGUCCCUCCAGAUGGACCACGGCGAGAACGAUCCAUCGGCCCUCUAUAUAACCGAGCCUUUAUCCGAAGCCCGGGAUUCCUUGAACACCGCCACCGUUAUUCCUUCCAAUAAUCCACCCUUGUCCAAGCAAACAACCAUCACUGAAAACCCUAGUUCAAUCCACCACCAAAACCAGCCCCAACAGAGCUUAUUUUCCCGGGAAUUGAUCAAUUUCUCAGAGUUUGGAUACGAUGGAAGCAGCGUUAGGAACGGGAAUUCCCAUUCUUGCAAGCCUGAAUCGGGCGAGAUAUUGAAUUUUGGUGGAAGCAAGCGGAGUUCAAACGGAAAUGUGUUCUCUGGCCAUUCCCAAUUUGGGAGCGGAGACGAUGAGAAAAAGAAGCGAUCUCCGCCUUCGCGAGGCAGCAAUGAAGAAGGGAUGCUUUCUUUCUCUUCGGGUGUGAUUGUGCCCUCUUCAGGGGUGGUUAAAUCGAGUGGCGGUGUAGAUUCUGACCACUCCGACCUCGAGGCCUCGGUGGCCCCGGAGGCCGACAGUAGCAGGGUGGUGGAGCCGGAGAAGAGGCCUCGCAAGCGGGGCCGAAAGCCGGCGAACGGAAGGGAAGAGCCGUUGAAUCAUGUGGAGGCUGAGAGGCAGAGGAGGGAGAAGCUCAACCAGAGGUUCUACUCCCUAAGGGCUGUAGUUCCAAAUGUCUCUAAAAUGGAUAAAGCUUCCCUUCUUGGUGAUGCCAUUUCCUACAUCAAUGAGCUGAAAUCGAAGCUCCACGCUGCAGAAUCCGAUAAGGAGGAGAUGAGGAGCAAAAUUGAGUCCAUUCAAAAAGAAUUGGCUGUCAAAGAUUCGCGCUUUCCUGGUCCGCCCCCACCCAGCCAUGACCUCAAGAUGCCGAACCAACAUGGAGGUAAAUUGAUAGAUAUGGACAUAGAUGUCAAGAUAAUUGGCUGGGAUGCGAUGAUUCGGAUACAGUGUGGUAAAAGGAAUCACCCGGCAGCUAGGUUAAUGUCGGCUCUGAAAGAGCUAGACCUUGAUUUGCACCACGCGAGUGUGUCUGUGGUGAAUGAUUUGAUGAUCCAACAAGCCACAGUUAGGAUGGGGAGUCGAUUCUACACGCAAGAGCAGCUGAGGCUAGCCUUAUCAGCCAGACUUGCCGAUGCACGAUAGGGGGUAAAAGGACGAGUAGGGAGCGCCAGGGGAGCUGAUAGGACCGUGAUAUUUCCGGAUCUGCAUUGGAAGCUCUGGGACAUUUUAAGGCCCCCAGCAGCACUCUGUAAUAUAAGUUGGAAUUUCGCUUAGUUCUAAUUUUAGUAUAGUUUUGAGGAUUUUGAUGGGAAAGAAGCUGCUUGUAAGUCUCAGCUUUUCUCGUAUUUUUGGUGUUUUAUCUUUGCCUAGUUUCAUGUACAUAAACCCUGAAGCGCUGAAGUUCAGUUCAGGCUGCAUGUUUAUGCCGAUUACUCAUCAUCA